AUGGCUUUGUUCGACUACUUUUCCCAUGUUGAAUUGCCCACACCGACGCUGCCCCUCGAAGAGGCAUGUGCCCUCUUACACCAAGAGUUUGGCCUUGUCGCCAACGUGCGUCCGCUCGGCAGUCAUCAGGACCAGAACUUUCUCGUCCUCACCGCAGCCCAUACCGAGCCGCUGGGCGUAUUGAAGAUCAGCAACCCCGCCUUUAGUGAUUCGGAGAUUGCGAUGCAGGAUGCCGUCGCCAUUGCCGUUGCCCGUGCAGAACCAUCCCUGCGCAUCCCCCACAUUGUCGAGGGACCGCGGGGUGCCAUGUCGGGCUGGUGGCAGACCAGUCAGGGACGUCUACACUGCCGCAUCAUCUCCUUCAUAUCAGGUCGCACACUGACCGGCUCACACUACCUCAGCCCGGCCGUGGUGCAACGGCUAGGCGAGCUGUCGGCCGCGGUCAGUGUGGCCCUGGCCACUGAGACUCAUCCUGCUGCAGGGCGUAUCUUGCAGUGGGACCUACGACACGCCGAACGCGUCAUUGCCGCUAUCAGCGCCACCGAACCCGAUGUCGACCUGCGAGCGCGCACCGCCGAAGCCAGCCAACGCGCCUUAGCUUUGCUACGCCCCGUGUCUGAUUGCCUGCCGCGUCAGUUGAGCCACUUUGACAUCACCGACGAUAACGUCCUGCAUCCGGAUGGCGAUGUCCUCCGCCUGCCAGAUGCCGUGAUCGACUUUGGCGAUGUGAGUGAAUCCUGGGCCGUGGCAGAGAUUGCCAUCACCGUUGCCUCGAUCCUACACCACGCCGAUGCCUGUUACCGCACCGUGCUGCCGGCCAUCGCUGCAUUCGAUCGACGACGCCGUCUCAGUGACGAUGAGAUCACCGCGCUAUGGCCCUUGGUGGUCCUGCGUGCGGUCGUUCUGGCGCUCAGUGGACGUCAGCAGGUGCGCCUCAACGACGAUAACGAGUAUGCCAAGCGAGCAUUGGACCGCGAGUCUAUGAUCCUCCGUCGCGCCACUGAGGUGCCAUUGGAGGUGGUUACCGCCCAGAUACGCCAUACGCUGGGACGCCCUGUCGCCGUAGCGCCGUGCUGGACAGGCAAGACGAUCUUAUCAGCGCCACGAUCGGUGGUCGUUCUCGAUGCCUCUACUCUCUCGACGUUGGCCGACGAGGGGGCCUGGCUCCAGAACGAUGCGGUAGAGCGUGCAGCACAGCAUUUGCUGGUCCAGGGUGCCGAUAUGGUCGUGCUACCGGCCUUGCAACCAAUGUUGCUGGGUGCCCCAGCCAGGACACCCAGCCUGCCCGCCACGGUUCCCACUUCGGCGUCCGCCUGGUUCGCCGCUGAGACCACCCUCGAACUGCCUGCCAAUCUAUAUACACGACAAGGUGGGACGGUACUGCCCGUGGGAACAGCGAAAGUUGCGGCCGGAAGCCGCAUCGACGUGCUGCUGACCGCGCUUGAUCCAGCCAAUGUGCCAACCGCGAUCCCGGCCGUCGAUCUGCCCGGUUGGAGCGUGGCGAUUGGAGAUGCAACCGCAGCGCUGGGCGUGACGCCGCCCUCGGACAACGCUGACGACGAGCGUCUGUUGGAACGGCGUGAAGCAGUGGUGGCAGAGGCGCAGGAGCACUACUAUGCCCAUCCACCGCGGAUCGAACGGGGCUGGCGCGAAUACCUGAUGGACGUCCACGGUCGCGUCUACCUCGACAUGGUCAACAAUGUCGCGUCGGUAGGUCAUGCCCAUCCGCGCAUCGCCGCGGCCGUCGCACGGCAGACCCGACUGCUGAACACCAAUUCGCGCUUUCACUACGCCGCCAUCACGCGCUACGCCGAGCGGCUAGCCGCUCAACUUCCUGAGCCGCUUGAUACGGUCUUCUUGGUCAACUCGGGCUCCGAGGCGGUCGAUCUGGCCAUUCGUCUGGCACUAGCGACCACUCAGCGUCGCGAUGUGGUGGCCAUGGCCGAGGCCUACCACGGUUGGACCUAUGCCAGCGAUGCCGUUUCCACCUCGAUCGCCGACAAUCCGAACGCGCCGCACACACGGCCCGACUGGGUCCACACCGUUGAGGCGGCCAACACCUACCGCGGACGUCAUCGCGGAGUCGAGGCCGCCAAGACCUAUGCCGCCGACGCGGUGGCACGUCUGCGCUCGUUGGCCGCCGAAGGGCAUGCGCCGGCCGCCUUUCUGAGCGAGUCCUACUACGGCAACGCCGGCGGCGUAGCGCUGCCCGACGGCUACCUGCGCGAGGUCUAUGCCGCGGUACGCGACCUAGGUGGCUUGGCCAUCGCCGAUGAGGUCCAGGUAGGCUUCGGCCGUCUGGGUUCCUGGUUCUGGGGCUUCCAACAGCAGGAAGUUGUGCCCGACAUUGUGGCGGUGGCCAAAUCUAUUGGCGGUGGCUUCCCGCUGGGUGCCGUGAUCACCAGCCGCGCUAUUGCCGAUCAAUACCGUAGCCAGGGAUACUUCUUCUCCUCCACCGGUGGAUCGCCCCUGUCAUCGGUGGUGGGACACACGGUGUUGGACAUCAUCGAAGAGGAGCAGCUGCAGGCGAAUGCACGGAUUGUUGGUGCCCACCUGAAAGCGCGGCUGCAGGAGUUGGGUAAGCGACACCCCCUCGUUGGAACCGUGCAUGGCGAUGGCCUCUACCUGGGCCUCGAAUUUGUGUGCGACCGAACCAGCCUGGAACCGGCAACGGCGGAGACCGCGGCCAUCUGCAACCGGCUGCUGGAACUGGGUGUGAUCAUGCAACCCACCGGCGAUCACAAGAAUGUGCUGAAGAUCAAACCGCCGCUCUGCAUCACGCAACAGUCUGCCGAUUACUUUGUCGACAUGCUGGACCAGGUGCUCUCGACGGGAUUCUAG